CAAGGUUCCAGGACAGACAUUCCUGUGGCAGGAUGGCAGUAAGAAGCAGCCAGAAGCUCUCCCUUGUCUAUGCUUUGCUCUUUCUAUGGAUGGCGACUGUGCAAACAGCGGCUCCAGCAGACCCAAUCCCUACACCUGAAAAUGUCAAUAUUGAAACUGAAUCAGGUGCAGGAUCCCUUGAUGUUACCACCAAGGGCGCUUCACAUGGUUUGACAGAAUACCCCAUUACCACUGAGUAUGAGUACGAGGACAUCACUUAUUCUCAGCCUGUGGACCGAGAGGAUGGUAAGACUCAAGGUUCACUUGGACCUGGUGCCAUUGCCGCCAUUGUGCUUGCAGUGAUAUUGGGAGCUUCUGUCCUAAUCGCCCUUGUUAUCAUCACACUGAAGAAAUUCACAACGUCUUAAGUGUUUGCCAAAAUUCAUAAAGACUAAAAUUAAAUUGUUUUGUGUCACUUUGAGAAAACAUUAAUUUGGCCUGAGCCUCAUGGAAUCAACAUUCCCUAAUGACAGCGUGCAAAUACAGACUCUUGGAAUUUGGCAAUCUAGGCCCUCGGGUGCCAACAUAGGCCAUUUUUAAGUGAGUUAGACAAAAGAUACUGUUAUCAAAUAAAUAUUCUUC